UCCAGACUGUUGUCAUCAAGUCGUAUUUUGAUUACAAAUGUGUUAGAUUGAGUGCAAUAUUUUUAACUCAAUGGCAAAUGAUCGGGAGGUACUUCGAGAAAUUUGGGACGGAAAGAUCCCAGUCUGUUUUACUCUCAACUCUGAAGAAAUUUGCGACUUGCAAGGACCAGAUCCAUUUUACUUGAUGGUACCUAGAUUAAGUUAUUUUCCACUGUGUACAGAAAAGGUUCGAAAACAUUUCAUACGUCAUAUACAAAGUGAUAAUAAACAAGAACAUGAGAUGUGGCUGGAAUUUAAUGGAAUGCCAUUAAAAUGGCAUUAUCCAAUUGGUGUUCUACUAGACAUUUAUUUCAAUGAUAUUCAGUUACCUUGGAACAUUGUCGUCCAUUUUGAUAAGUUUCCAGAAAAUGUUCUAAUGCACUGUCAAAACAAGGAAAUUGUAGAGGCACAUUUUCUGUCUUGUAUAAAAGAAGCUGAUGUUUUGAAACACAGAGGUCAAAUUGUUUCUAGUAUGCAAAAAAAGGACCAUACCCAACUAUGGAAUGGCAUUAUGAAUGAUAAAUUUGAUCAGUUUUGGUCUGUAAAUGGUAGGCUUAUGGAAACCAGUACUGAAGAGGGAUUUAAAUAUAUACCUUUCCGUUGUUAUACAAGUGAAGAUAAAUACAUACAAAGACUCGUAAAACCAAUGAAUGAAGAAGGCCAAAGAAAGACUUUGAAGCAUUUAUUAAACGAAGUAUUUCCGGAUCAAAAAAAUGAUAUUUUAAGAAGAAUCAGAUCAAUUCUGAACAAUUGCAAUAUAUCUCUUUUACAGUGCGUACUCAUGGUAUUAUACCACCGUUAGAGACGCCGCUUCAGUGGAUGUCGGAACAUUUGAGUUAUCC